AUGACGCGCUACUAUCAGCGAGAUACAGCAUCCUUGAACUACCAGGAUUCCCCAAACCACCCGUUUCUGAUCUUUGAGGGUAAGACGUGGACGUAUCGACAGUUCUUCGAAUAUGUUACGAAGGUCGGGAAUUGGUUGAUGAAUGAGUUGGGAAUAAAGGUUGGAGAAAUUGUGGCAAUAGAUGGGGGGAACUGUGCCGAAUAUUUGAUGUUGUGGUUUGCGUUGGAUGCGAUUGGUGCUGUUAUUAGCUUUGUUAAUUGGAAUUUGACGGGUGCUGGCUUGGUGCAUUGCGUGAAGCUUUGCGAGAGCAGAUACCUCAUCACUGACGCAGACGUCCGAAAUAAUGUCGAACCGUCCCGGUCGGAACUCGAAGAUCUGGGGGUGAAGAUCCAUUAUUAUGAUCCUUCUUUCUUCGCCUCGCUCAAAGACAAUACUUUCAUACCAGAGUACCGACGAGAAAACGUCACCAUCGAAUCUAUCCGAGGGCUCAUCUACACAUCCGGUACCACUGGGCUUCCCAAGGGAGUGAUAAUGAGUACCGGCCGGGAGCUCCUUGUUGGCCAAAUGACUGCCAAUUACCUAGGUCUAAAACCCCAGGAUCGUAUUUACACGUGCAUGCCUCUUUACCACGGUGCUGCUCACAGCCUUUGUACAACGCCCUCCAUUCAUGCGGGUUGUACAAUUGUUCUUGGUCGAAAGUUCAGCCACAAGACGUUCUGGCCUGAAGUCGCGAAGUCACAAACGACGAUAAUCCAGUAUGUUGGAGAGCUGUGUCGGUAUUUGCUGAACGGACCCAAGAACCCGUAUGAAAGAGCUCAUUGCGUUAAAAUGGCCUGGGGCAAUGGUAUGAGACCCGACGUGUGGGAGCCCUUCAGAGAGCGGUUUGGCAUUCCGAUAAUCAAUGAGCUGUAUGCUGCUACGGACGGGUUAGGAGCGACAUUCAAUCGCAAUGCCGGUCCAUUUACCGCGAACACAAUCGGCCUCCGCGGAGCCAUCUGGAACCGGAAAUAUGGAAAUCAAGAGGUCCGGGUGAGAAUGGAUGUCGAUACUGAGGAUAUCAUGAGAGACAAGAAUGGGUUUGCUGUACGAUGUGGAACUAAUGAGCCGGGACAAGUGCUUCAUAGGCUGACACCUGAGCUAUUGGUCGGGGUCCCUGGAUACUAUAAUAAUGACCAGGCGACAGCGAACAGGAGAAUUACCGAUGUCUUUGAGAAGGGGGACAUGUGGUUUAAGUCCGGCGAUAUGAUGCGACAGGACGAACACGGGCGUGUUUUCUUCGUCGACCGCCUCGGGGACACAUUUCGCUGGAAAUCCGAAAACGUGUCCACGAACGAAGUUGCCGACAUGAUUGGCAAAUUCCCUCAAAUCGCCGAGACAAACGUCUACGGUGUGUCCGUACCCGGAUACGAUGGACGCGCAGGAGCUGCUUGUAUCGUCCUGGCAGACGGCGUGACGGAAUCGACUUUCGACUUCCAAGCCCUCGCCACUCAUGCAAGAGCCGUGCUUCCUGGAUAUGCCGUCCCGCUCUUCCUACGGCUGACUUCCGCAUUAGAAUAUACUGGGACUCUUAAGAUUCAAAAAGGGAGGCUGAAGCGAGAGGGCGUGGAUCCAGAUGCUGUGACGGGAGCAGACAAGAUCUACUGGUUGCCACUAGCGAUUGGGGGGCGAUAA